AGAGUCAUGAACUUCCAGAGCGUGAAUCCUUUAAAUAUUCGAUUGAACUUAUUCUCGGGCAACUUAUUACCGAUGACUAGCUGCGAUUCAUCUUUUCCAUUAUUAUGGAAGAUAAAUAGCGUCUUUGUGUGGAUGAUCGAACUGAUCAUAGGUGCCGCAUUAAUCCCGGGUUGCAUGUACGUGUCAACGGAAAAGGUUCUGAAGGACGGCAUGAUUUGUUUCGCCGUCUUCAUAGAAAUGUCUUUCAUGAUCGCGCGAAUUCAUAUUUGUAAGGAUGUGGCGAAUCAAUUGAUUCAAAAAUUGAAUGACAUUUUGCACACGGCCGACGAGACCAUGAAGAGCGUCGUAAUGGCGACUCUGAAACCGGUGGAAGCUCCGCUCAACUUUUACUGGUCGGCCGGCGUGGCAUCGAUAAUAGCGUGGACUUGUAUACCGCUUGUAUUAGUAUUCGAGAAGAAUCUUUUCUAUUACGAAGAUUACAGGAUACCUGUCGCUUUCUCGAGGCAGCCAUUUUCACUUGAAAUCUUCCUACUGGGAAGCCUGUUCGUAAUGAUUAGUGCCGUAUAUAUGUUUUUAAAGAAGGUCGGUGUGGAUGUAUACAUGGUGUAUCUGGUGUUGAUGACAACGGCGCAGUAUCGAUAUAUAGCUGUGAAAAUUGCAAUGAUAUUUCAAGAAAGUGAUGAAAAUAAUGGGGAGCAUCCUCUUGAAUCAAAUCAGAAGACAGAAAAGGAAAUUAUAAAGCUAUGUCGGCAUCACAACGUUGUGAUUCAUAUAACUUCGUUGCUAAAAAAAUUGUUGUCUUUAAACUUUAGUUUAAUUUACAUGAACAGCGUUUUUCGAUUUUGCUUCAUUAGUAUCAUGCUGAGCAUGAUACCAUCGACGACAUUCUGGGAAGGGAUUUCAAUCAUCAUGUAUGCGUCAGGAGCAGUGGUGCAACUUUUUAUCUUGUGUUCUUGCGUGCAACAAUUAUUAGAGGCGAGUACAGAAAUGACAGAUAAGGCAUUUCACGAAAAUUGGUAUUUACUCAAACCAUCGAUAAAACGUAUAUUUAUUUUAAUAAUUAUGGCAAAUAAUUUAGAAUGCAAAAUUGCAACAUUUAAAAAUUUCAAUCUUUCUCUACCUUCAUUUAUGGUGAUUUUAAAUCAAGCGUAUUCGAUUUCUCUUCUCUUUCUA